AUGAGCAAAGAGGAGGAGGAUAAACGGAAUAGGAACAAUCCAUUGCAACAAUCAAAUAGAGGUUAUCAAGGUAAAGGGGAAGAGAAGGAGGAGAUGAGGCUAUGGGGAGUUCUAAUGUAUGGGUUAAUUGGAGCUACUGCAACUACCUUUGCCGUUACCAAAUUCAGAAGGACAGUUGACUGGGUAUACUCACAGUUGAGCAGGUCUCGAUCGUCAUGGAACAGUUCAACUGGUGGUUCAUCUCGGUCAAGUUUUCAGGAGGAAGCCUGGAAAAGAUAUAAUCGCCGAAUGCAGGAAGAGUAUGAAGAAGAGAUGGAAAGAGUGGAGCGAAUUCGUAGAAUGCAAAGUGUAUUCAACAGAGAGAGAAAUAAACACCAAAGGAAAUAUGAGAGCUGGGCAGAACAUGGUUCAGGUGCGUAUCAUCAACAUUUUCAAAGGAAUGAUUGGUAUUGGAAGGCAGAUACGUCACACAGAGAUCGGGCUGGUAAUUUUAGGGAAACUGAUCGUAGCAAUGCAAUUGCCCCAUUAUCGCAUCACUACUCAAUCCUUGGUCUUGACAGGAUGAGAACAAAACCAUACACAGAUGAUGAGAUAAAGUCGGCCUUCAGGGAAAAGGCAAAGAAGCUUCACCCUGAUCAGAAUCAGAAUAACAAAGAGGUUGCUGAAGCAAAAUUUAAGGAAGUCAUGGUGUCUUACGAGGCUAUUAAAUCAGAACGGAAGAACAAUAAAAAACAAUAG